AUGUCUCAUGUUAUUCUUGGAAUAUUUAAGUUUAUUUUUAUUUUAAAAGAUAAUUAUCAAUCAAAUACAAAUAAUAAUAGAAUUGAAAAAAAGGAAUUUGUUUGGAUAAAAAUGUUAAAUAAUGCGAAAAAAUUUAAAGAAGAAUUUCAAAUAAAAUUAAUCAAUGAAAAUCAAUUUAAAUCUUUAUCAAAAGAAACAUUAUUAAAUAUAUUAUAUGAACGACUAUGUCCUUAUAUAUAUAAUUAUAAUAAUGUUCAAUCAUUAAAUGAAUAUUCUUUAAUAAUUACAAUUAUUAAAUGGGCUAAUGAACAAGAAAAUUCAGACGAAAUUCUUAAAGAUUUUAUUUAUUGA